AUGACAACAGGAAGAGCAAGCCAAGGAUUGACCUCUUGCUACCGGGUGACCUGGACUGACUGGGCGGAUGAGGAGAGCGCCUCCACUCGCACAUUUCAUUUUGUACUGUACACCACCGCAUCUUUUGUGUAAUUAAAUGCUGUUAACUUUUAUAAGCUUCCCUUGACUCUUUUCAGUCUCUCCUGCCUUCGGGGUUAUAGAAUACACUAACAUGGCGUCCCUGGGUGGGCUCUGAAGCGGGAUAGAGCUGGAAGAGAGGGGAAUGCUGCAAGCUAACUAGCAUCACACUGCCUGCAGAAAAUGAGUUUUUGGCUGGGCCUAAACGAAAGGUGAGACAGUUACCUGUUUAAUUCCGUGGUGAUUGCGAGUGGUGUGGAGAUUGUAUAUAGUGUUUCUAUUCGUCUCUGUUGUAUCUUCGGCGCCGCCCGAUAAUGUGAAUAUUACAUAUUAAGACCUUCUGGUGAGGCAGAAUUUUAUCUGGGAUAGGGUUCACAUUGUGUUAAAUACGUCUGGGUAGGUACCAGACCUGAUCUGUUUUACACUGGACUGGGUCCAUUCAUGUUAGUCUAUAUGUUUGAUGUAUUAAACCUGCGUAGUCUGGUUUAAUAACGUAUAUUGUGUGGAGUUUUUAAGCCAAAACGUAUAUUUUUGUGUGAUGUUCUAAGCCGAAACGAUUGUGUACAAGAUUGGUAUGAGAUCGGUUUUUAAGGUCAGCAUCUAUAUAAUUUAGAUUUAAGAUAAGCUGAAGAUUGUGUUGUUUUGUAUUGUCAAGCAGUGUGGUUAUUUAUAUGCAGAUGUUGAGUGUUUCCAUUGUUCCCCUUCCCCCAGUCACAUGCGGUUAAUGCUAUACUGCUAAGCUAGCCAGUAAGCAUUACUAGAUGGUGAAAUACUUCGAGUAAAGAUACAACCGGUAACUACUGAUUAAAUACACAGGGAUGGUGUAGAUGAACGUUGAGAGUAGAUUGAGUUGUUUUGUUUUUCAUGCUUUUCAAAGAAAGUAAUUUGAACUUUAUAUUUUGAGGAAAUAAACAGGAAGUAUGUUUAUGAACCGGAAGUACUAGUUGAUACAUUUGAGAGGAGUUACAAAUAAAACAGCUCCCCUAGCGGACAUAAUAAGUAUUAUAGUUAAUACAUUCUUCACCACAGAUAAAGAUUACAUGUGGUUUCUUUGAAUUGAAGUAUUGUAGUUAACACAUUUUAUGACAUUUGCAUAAUUUCAUGAACUCAACUUGAGUAUACACUGUCCACGGUUUAUUUGGAUUUGCACCAUAUUCCUAUUUUCAUAUUACAAAGUCAAAACCAUACACUGUGCAUUUUUAUUUAUUGGUUCAGAUUUUGAAAAUGUGCAUAAUUUUAAUUUCAUUUGUCUAAUUUAGAUUUUCCAAUCUCAGUUUUACAACAUUUAAAUGUAUUUUUCCAAAAAAAAAAUUGAAAAAAUUACCAGAUUUUAAAGUUAAGUUCAGAUGACAUAGGAUAUCUUUAUAAAGAAUACGAGGGUACUAUUCAGAGGAUUAGUAAUUCAUUUUGAUAACUUAAUAAUAUUAUCCGUGUACUUAAGAAACAUGUCGCCACAGUUAAGAGCACCCACAGUGCCAGGCACAACUGCAGAUAUUAAGGCGAGAGUAAACAUCAGAUCAGAUGCUUUAACGUGUCCAAGUCAUAGACAGAAGACAUGGAACCAAAUAGAGAAACUGUUGGAACAGUGGCAAACGAGAGGAUUGAUUCCAGCAGAUGAUCAACCUGGACCAACGGAAGCCCAUAGAAAAGCUGUAGUUGAACAUGAGAAUGCUGAAUACCUACAACAGGAAAAAGCAUGGAUCAAAGCCGGACAAACCCCUUGGUAUGGACCUGCUAAAAGCGCUAUGAAAAAAGCUGAAAAAAGAAAAGUUAGGGUUACAUGUCUGUUAAUCCAUCUGACAUCCAUCGCAGAAGAUCUGCCAGUAAAUGAAGACACAGCAGAAAUGACAAAAGAGGCUCCACUUAUCCAAACUCCAAAGCAGUAUCCAAGCCUGACCGAAGUGUCUCCUCCAGACAUAUCAGAGAACAACCCUUCUCACCAAGCUUCGAUUCAAGCCCCAAAUGAGAAAGAAUUGGCGUUUGAGGUAAGAAUCCUAUCCAGUGUCAACCAGCUGAUGGAAGAACUCGGCAGAAGAAUGGAAGCAGAACUCAGCAGAAGAAUGGAAGCAGAACUCGGCAGAAGACACAAAGAACUCGACAGAAGAAUGGAGGAACUCGACAGAAGAAUGGAAGAGGAGCUCAACAGAAGCAUUGAAGCAUAAUGACAUUAUUGAAGAAAGACGGAAGGCAGUUGAAGCCCAUAAUGACAUUAUUGCAGAAAGACAAAGGGAGGAAGAUAAAUACCAACUACUUCUGGCGGAGAGGCAACAAGACGAUGUAAGAUUCCAGGACAUGAUGGCAGAUAGACAAAGGAGAGAACAAGAAGAACGAAGAACUCAAAGAAAACGCAGAACAAACUACUCUCCUGACUAUUCCAAUGGACGGGGAGAUGAAGAUGACGACAGCGGUACACAGUCUGAAACCAGUAGACACUCCCCAUACCAUGAACAGUCACAGCAACAACGCAGUUUUGCAUCUCCUCCUGAGAAUAAUAGUAGCGACAAAAACGAGCAACAUUACCCUGGGACAUGCCCCAAAACCAGAAGAACCAAGACCGGUGCACAUACCUCCAUGCCAUUGAUAGCGGCUGGAAGAAGAGGAUUUCAAUACCAACCAUGGACUCACAGGGACAUGGAAGCAUUAGUGUCAAAGCUACCUCCACUCACUAAAGGAGGUCAAAAGUGGGUAAAUGAUCUGGAGAAGUACACUGUCCAAGACCACCUGUGCUUGGGAGACAUGAGGGCCCUGCUCGGACGGAUUGAAGGACGACUUGAAGCAAGAGCAAUAGAUUCCGAGGCCAAUUGCACAAAUGACCCAGAUGACACUCCAUUCAACUACAUCAGGUCGAAUUAUUGGGCUGCUAUUCGUCACAUCUACCCGACAACACGCAGUUUACAUGCCCUCAACAGCUUGAAGAAGAAGCCGGGGGAAGACAUGCAUGCAUUCUUGAAGAAAUGUGAAGAAGUGUGGGAGGCUUGCACGGGUGAAAGACAUGAUCUUUCUCCAGCUAUUGAAAUGGUGUGGAAGAACUCGGUCAUUAAAGCCCUUCCCCUAGCAGUGCAGGCACGUCUGGAAGAAGUGGUGGGAUUGGACAAUAAACCCGCUGAACAAUGGAGACAACAUCUCAUUCACCACGAUAUCAGACACCAGGCAGAAAAAACGGGACUUGAUGAGGACGAUAAAAUCCAAGCAAGGAGACUCGUGAAGCUACAAAUUGCUGAGAGAGAUACCGAAGUUAAUAAAAACAAGAAAUCGACAAAUCAGAUGGCCAUACUAGCAGAGAAGGCAGGGCGGACACCUCCAACAGUUCAACAAAGCGGAGGAGGAAGUGUAUGUCCACAAAACCAGGUUCAGCAAACACCUGUGUAUCUUCCUAACCAAGUACAGCCACAAGCACCACAGUAUAUUCAACAGCAAAUACCUGUGUAUCUUCCUAACCAAGUACAGCCGCAAGCACAGGUAUACACUCCCAUACAGCAUCAACAAAAGGGACAAUGGAGAGGAAAGCAACGAUCAAGAGGAAGAAGGGAUGAUGGCUGCUUCAUAUGUGGAGAUUGUAGACAUCUGGCCAGAGAUUGCCCCACUCAGCAAUAUCCACCACAAGGUAGCCCCUCACAAUACAGAGGAGAACCAGUGUUAGAUAUUAGAAAUAUUGAGGCGGAAGCAUAUGCCAGGGUCAUGACGAAUAUUUCUGUUGGAUCAGGUGAUUGGGUAAAUGUAAAAAUCCACAAGAUGAACUUGUUGCAACCUGUAUGGAGUGGACCAUGGGAAGUUGUAGAACGCACUGCGGAUGCGCUCCGGAUCAAAGUUAAAAAAGGAACAUGUUGGCACCUUCUUACACAUUGUGUAGCCGUACCGCCACCUUUCCUGAAACGGCACGGCAGUUAGAACUGAAUUUGAAAAACUGGUACAAAAAACAAUAAGGAAUUGAACAUUUUUUACAACGACAGCACCAGGAGAUGAGUAAACUCAAGAAUCUGUAGUGUAAAUACAUUGAGAAAAACACAUUUUACACUCAAACUGUUUGCACAUCAUAGACAAGGAAUUUAGACAAUAUAAAUAAAUGUUCAGCACAAGUAAUAAGUAUAAUGGAAAGUAGACAUAGGCCUACACUUGAGUCAGAUUUAAUUACUGUGAUCUGAUUAGUGUGCUCUGCAGGUUUACUAUUGUUCUAAGUAACAGUGGGAUUUAAAAUAUGGAGAUGUUCUUUCGUAGUGUGUGGAAUAUGUGAUGCUGGAAACAUGUACGUUUUUCAAUUUAUAGGAGAAAAUGGUUUCCUGAAAGAGUUGUGUUGGGUAAAUAUAUAGAAAUGGAUGAAACUAUUUUUAGAGUGAGUUUUUGUAAUAUCAUUAGUAGACAUUAAUUAUGUUGUUUAGAUGGCAUUUAACAACUAA